AUGAGGGCAUGUUUUAGGUAUGGAUUUAUGGAGCAUCGUAUCAGGGAUUGUCCAUGGAGGCCCGAUCAGAUGCAAGCUACUGGUAAGGAUACUGUACAGCCGCUGAGGGGUUUUCAGCAGCCACCGAGAGGUCGUGGUCAGGCCAGAGGUGGAAAUGGUGUGGGACGUGGUCGUGGAGCACUGGGCAGAGGUGUUGGCCAUGUUGAGGCAAGACAGUCGGCACUGGUUUUUGCUGCAUCAUACACUAUGUUUGAGGCUUUGGGCGUGAUGUGUGAGAACAUUACGAGCGAGGUUACUAUGUUGAGUCCAUUAGGGCAGUCAGUGAGAGUGAACAAAUUAUUUAAGGAUGUACCUUUGGAGGUUCAAGGAAAGAUCUUUUUAGCUGACUUGAUGGAACUUCCUUUUGGGGAAUUCGACGUAAUAUUAGGCAUGGACUGGCUGGUUAAGCAUCAAGCAAGUUUGGACUGUGCUACAAAGCAGAUGAUCCUGAGAACUAAAAAGGGGGAUGAGGUAAUUGUGGUGGGAGAGCAUCGGAAUUAUCUGUCAAAUAUGAUUUCUGCACUUAGGGCUGAGAAGAUGGAUAUUAGAACAAUUAAGAAGUUUUCAAAUGUCUUUCCCGAUGAGUUACCGGGGUUACCUCCUAAUCGUGAAGUUGAGUUUGGGAUAGAGCUCUUGCUUGGUACAGCUCCGAUGUCUAUCGCUUGUUAUAGAAUGGCACUGAAGGAGCUCACAGAGCUUAAGUUACAUGAGGCAACUUUUCUAGGCCACGUGGUAUCUUCUGAGGGGAUUAGGAUUGAUCCUCGGAAGAUUGAAGCGGCUCUAGAUUGGAAGCAACCUAAGUUGGUGUUAGAGAUUCGAAGUUUUCUGGGUCUGGCAGGGUAUUAUACACAGUCUGUUGAGAGGUUUUCGUUGAUUGCUGCACCUCUGACUAAAUUGUUCCGUAAAGGGCCAGAAUCUGGGAAGGAAUUCACUGUCUACAGUGAUGCAUCACAUAUAGAGAGUGGAGAAACUUCAAAUUUUGGCAUAAAUAGCGAAGGGGUACUUUCUUUCUGUGGGAGAGUCUAUGUACCAAGGGAUACUGACUUGAGGCAGUCUAUACUGCAAGAAGUGCAUAGUAGUCCUUACGCUAUGCAUCUUGGCAGGAAUAAAAUGUACCGAGACCUUCGGGAGUUAUAUUGGUGGCCAGGGCUUAAAUGGAAAGUUACUAAUUUUGUGAGUAAGUGUCUGACUUGCCAACAAGUUAAGGCGAAAAAUCAGUUACCUUCAGGGUUAGUUCAGCCAGUUAAGAUUCCGUUGUGGAAAUGGGAGAGAGUGACUAUGGACUUUGUUAGUAGGCUGCCCUUAACUCCUACUAAGAAGGAUUCAGUAUGGGUUAUCAUAGAUCAACUGAAAAAAUCUUCCCACUUCAUACUUUUCCGUGCUGAUUACUCACUGCAGAAAUUGGCUAAGUUGUAUGUGUCUGAAAUUGUGAGACUGCUUAGGGUACCAGUUUUCAUUAUAUCCGAUAGAGAUCCUCGCUUUACAUCUCAGUUCUAG